AUGGUUUGCGUCUGCAACAGCACCUAUUGCGACACGCAGGACCCGGUCUCCCUUCCGCCGGCCGGCUACUUCGUCAAGUACGAAAGCAGCAAGUCCACUAGCCGGAUGGAGCGCAGCGAAGGGAAAUUCCAGGGGAAAACGACCACCCCAGGUACCCCUUUUUGUUUGUUUUUUUUCUUUUUCUUUCUCAUUUAUUGCUUCACGUAAAACUUUGAUAUUAAUGUACAUAAAAAUAAUUACACAAAUCUAGAGGGGAAAAUGCCUGUUGUCUUUGUCCAUGCAGUUUUCUUGGCAGGGAUACUGGAGUGGCUUGCCGGUUCCUGCUCCAGGUGGAUCACGUUUGGUCAAAACUCUCCAUUAUGACCUGUCCAUCUUGGGUGGCCCUGCACAGCAUAGCUCAUAGCUUCUCUGAGUUAUUCAAGCCCCUUCGCCACGGCAAGGCAGUGAUCCAUGAAGGGGUUUAUGGAAGUGAUGUAUGGAAGUGAGAGCUGGACCAUAACGAAGGCCGAUCGCCGAAGAAUUGAUGCUUUUGAAUUCUGGUGCUGGAGGAGACUCUUGAGAGUCCCAUGGACUGCAAGAAGAUCAAACCUCUCCAUUCUGAAGGAAAUCAGCCCUGAGUGCUCACUGGAAGGACAGAUCCUGAAGCUGAGGCUCCAAUACUUCGGCCACCUCAUGAGAAGAGAAGACUCCCUGGAAAAGACCCUGAUGUUGGGAAAGAUGGAGGGCACAAGGAGAAGGGAACGACAGAGGACGAGAUGGUUGGAUAGUGUUCUCGAAGCUACCAGCAUGAGUUUGACCAAACUGCGGGAGGCAGUGGAAGACAGGAGUGCCUGGCGUGCUCUGGUCCAUGGGGUCACGAAGAGUCGGACACGACUAAACGAAUAAACAACAAAGAGGAGAAAAUCUAAAAUAUUCUAUCCUAUCUCCCCCCCUGCAUUAUUAAAUCUCUCUGUAUAGUGAUUUGACUUCCCCCAAAUUAAGAUGACAUUGACAUGAAGAUGACACUGGCCCACUUUGCAUACAGCCUUGAAUACUUGCUUUAUGAACAACAGCUGCAGUUUCACAUGAACAAGCAGCAUUUGUUGGAACUUCCCUUCCUGGAAAAAUGAGGCUGGCUCCCUCCUUUUGGCCGGCAGGCCAAGGCUUCCUUGACCCAAGAGGCUUUGGGGAAGUGACGGCUUUGCAUGAAAGCGCUGGUGACUUUUUGGAGUCCUCUGGGUGUGAGAGAAUCAGAGAGUUGGGAUAGUUUGUAAGCUAGGGUGAGCGAAUGCUAUCAAUAAGUCAGAAAUUAAGUAGCCAUAACAAAAGAAAAAGAAAAACCCUAUGGAAAAAUCACAUGGAAAAAUUUUCUGCUCUCUGGUGCCAUCCGCUGUUGCAUGUUUAUGACGCAUUCAAAGCGUUGUUUCUUGACUUAUGGAGCUGAGUCCAGAGAGUAGAUAGGAUAGCCAUCUUCAAAUAUCUAAAGGGCUGCUGCGUGGAAGAUGAAGCAGGCUUGUUUUCUCCUGCUCAGAAGGGUAGCACUCAACCAAUGACUUCAAGUUACAAGGAUAUUUCAAGUAAACAUCAGGAAGAACUUUCUGACAGCAAGAACUGUUUGACAGUGGAGCAGUCUCCCUUGGGAGGUGAUGGACUCUCCUUCCUUGGAGGUUUUCAAGCAGAGGUUAGAUAGCCAUCUGUCAUAGAUGCUUUAGUUGAGAUUUCUGCAGGGGACUUCCGGGUUGGCGCCAUCGCCGAAUGGCGGACUCCCUCCGAGCUCCGGAGGGAGUCUGCUCGGCAGGGGCUGGGUCCUACCGCGCCGGCGACGCGGGGACCCUAAAAAACCACGGGCACGGAGUCCGUGGACAUGGGUGACUCGGCUUGCACCAUUAGCGCCCUCCCGACUCGGGAAGGAGCCGGUUUUAAGGCUUCGGAUCGGGUGCCGGGGAGCGGCGUGGUGCUUUGAGUCCUCUGCUUUCCCUGCCGAGCGCAGCCGCAUGCCAUUCGACGGAGAGCGCUGACUUCUUCCAUUGAAAAUUUGGACUAUUAACAACAACCCGUGAGUAAUUGGGAAACCGGGUUCAAAAUUUCGGAUUUGGCACGAGCGGGGCGAUUUAAAAGGAAGUCAAUCCCCCUACUGUAAGCAUUCCAAAACAAGGACUGGGUAACCAAGGUCCAAAGGGAAGUAUAUUCUUGAUAAAAACCAUUAAUUUCACGAUGGGAAAUUAUAAGAACUGUGCUGGAGGAGAAGAGUGGAGGGUGAGAAGAAAAUGCAACCCCCCUGGGAACCGGGCGAUUUGUGGAGCCUGGUGAAGAGAGACGGAGACUUUGACAGCUGUCAAAGUGGCUGUCAAAGUUGGAGAAUAUAAAGAGGACUUUGUUAUGAGGACUUUGCCGGUUAAUUUUGCUACAAUUUGCUACAAUAUGGAUAUAAACUGUUGGAAAAUAAGCAACAAUUUGACUUUUGGAUUAGAGGAUACAAAGUUAUUACAAUCCCCCUAGAGGGGUUUCGGGAUAUUACAAGAACGGUCGUAAGUGGAAAAAUACUCUGGGAUUCGCACAGGACUUGUUAUCUUUUGGGAAAGCUGCAAAACUGAAAUAGUAUUUUGUCUACAGAGGUAUUUACAUUAAAGGAGACAAUAGAAUUUUCUAUUGAAGAAAGGAAGGGACUGGACGUAAGUUUUGUUCCUGAAUAACAAACCUCUGCAGAGAUACCAGAUUUCUGAAUUAGAAAGUUUUAGCAGCUGAACAGGACAAGAAACCUGAGAAAGUGAGGAAAAGAAGAACAAAGGACUGAUUACGACACGGAAAGAACAACGGGAGGAGUGGUAAAGAUCAAGGAAAUUAAAGGCCUUUGUUAGAUUGGACACUUGAAGUUACAUAUUAUUAAUAAAUUAAAAGAAAACCGGCAAGAUGGAAUCGGGAGAAAUUUGGUCAUGAAUUGAGACUUCCAAGCUGAUAAUGCAUAGACUGAUGGAUAUGGGAAUUCAAACCGGGAAGGGGAGAUUUGAAAUCCAAAGGCUGUGUAACCAUCUUUUGAAUUUUUCUAUAUCUUUUAUUUUUAUUUUUACAUAACUUACGCAUGUCAUUUUAUUUUGAUUGGACGUGUUUAAAAAGGGAAUUCGUGGAAGGAACUGGGGUGGAUCUUGGGAAAAUCUUUUUCUUUUCUUGUUAAUGAUGUGGGACGGUGGUAAGAUUUGUACAAUUCAAUUUGGAUAGUGGGUUAAACAAAUUAAGCUUCAAAUUGGGAGUGAGAGCUUGUAUGAACUAAAUCUAAGAACGGGUAUGACAGUCGGGGAGGCGAGUCCCCGCAGGUAGGUAAUGAGUAAGGUUUUAACAUCUUUUUCCUUUUUUGCUGAGUAUUUUCAUAUGUUAGAGACUUUAGAUAGCCAUCUGGUUUAUAAGGAAGCAAAUAGUUGAGAUUUCUGCAUUGGACUAGAUUUCCCUUGGGGUUUCCUUCCUAAUCUACAAUUCUAUAAGCCUGGCUAAACACGAAUGUUUUCAAAUUCCCUUGGAAAGGUAAUAAUGAUGGCAUACCAGGGAGCCAGUACUGAAAAGGCCCUGGUGGGUGUCUCACUCCUGCUGAAAGCACACCCUUCAUUCCUUCUGUAUUUCUGCCACUUAGCCCUGGUCCUGGUUCUGGAGGUGGCCCAGCGGUACCAAAUCAUCAAAGGCUUUGGGGGCUCCAUCACUGACUCGGUUGGCAUAAAUGUCUACUCUCUGACCCCAGAAACCCAGGAGAAUCUGCUGCGUUCCUACUUCUCAGAUGAAGGUAAGGGCUCAGGGACUGGUGGUUGGAGUGGGUUGGGGCAAUCAGCACUUGGGGAGACCAGGGAAAGGGCUGGAUCCAUCCAGCAGUGACCAGGUCUUUGGGUCUGAGGCUACAUUGUCAACAGCUAAGGAUCCAGACCUGGUUCCUGGCUCUGAGCUGGGGGGAUCAGAGGGGCUGCGGAGCCCAGGAUGGUGGGCAGAAGUCCAUUGAACCAGAUUCAGCAACAAUUCCCCUAGAACUAGGAACCUCACGCUUUAUAGUUUUAAUAAAAAUCUCAAAGCGGUUUACAGCAUAUUAAGUAAAUCAAUCAAUAAAACAAUAGCCGGGCGAUGUUUCCCCGGCCUCAUGAGCAGCCUCUUCAGUAGGGCUGGUGAGUCUGGGCCUCGCCCCCUAGACCAGGUGGAAAAGACCUUGCAGGGAGUGGCCUUCACAGCCAGGAAAUGUUCCUCCGGCCUCAUGAAUUAAGAUCUUUAGAGGUCCCAAGCACUUCAAAGCUUUGGUGCCCUCCAUAUAUAUCUAAUUCAAAAUACAGAUAACAAUAAAUUGCAGAAUAGCGUAUUUUUCGCUCCAUAAGACGCACUUUUUUCCUCCUAAAAAGUUUGGGGAAAUGUCUGUGCGUCUUAUGGAGCGAAUGUGUGGUCGAUCGCCGGCUCCCUUUCUGGCCCUGCUCCCUUGCCCAGGCCUCCAUUGUUGAAUGUUCUGCAGACGGAGGCUGUUUGUUUCCCAGCGACAUGUGACUGGCUGAUUAGAUUAUCUGUCUGGAAACUGUAGAAAUGGCUCCCUUUCCUUUCCUAAAGAAGCUGCAGAACUGUGAGUUGAACCCCAUAAAAACCGGAUUUUUUCCCUUUGCAAAGUACCGUAUUUUUUGCUCUAUAAGACUCACUUUUUCCCUCCUAAAAAGUAAGGGGAAAUGUGUGUGCUUCUUAUGAAGCGAAUGCAGGGUGCGCAGCUAUUCCAGAAGCCAGAACAGCAAGAGGGAUUGCUGCUUUCACUGCACAGCGAUCCCUCUUGCUGUUCUGGCUUCUGAGAUUCAGAAUAUUUUUUUUCUUGUUUUCCUCCUCCAAAAACUAGGUGCGUCUUGUGGUCUGAUGCGUCUUAUAGAGCGAAAAAUAUGGUAAGCUCAACUUUGAGCUGAUCCUCAAAAAAGGAGGCUUUUCCCCUUUGCAAAAGCAGCUGCACAAAUGUGAGCGGAUCCCCCCAAAAACGGGGCUAUCCCCCUUUCCUCCUCCUCUAAAAACUAGGUGCGUCUUAUGGUCAGGUGCUUCUUAUGAAGCGAAAAAUACGGUAGGUUUUUUCCCCCCCCAAAACAAAACAGACAGUAAGAUGGGGAAUAAUGUUUGUUUUUUUAUACUUCCACUUUAUUUAUAUUUUUUUAAAAUUCUGCUUUUUCUAAUUGCAAAGUCUUUGAUCAGAUCCUUAUGUAACACAUCUGCUUCUAUACUUAGUAGAGACGAGGCAUCCAGCUGCCUUAUUGCAUAGUAGUUCUGCUGGAAUUUUUUGAUACACUCCAGCUGAGAAAAUGAACGCUCAGCCGAGCAAUCUGUGACCGUUAAUGUUAAAAAUUAGGCAAUGGGAAAUUUACAUGGUGCCCCCUUUCCCGUGAUGCCCUAAGCAUGUGCCUGUUUUGCUUAAUGGUUAAUCCAGCCCUAGAGAUCAGAGGCUCUGCAUGCAGAAGGCUGAGUCGCCAACAUUUCUACUUGGGUAGAAGGGCUGAGAGAGAUCCUGGAAGAGUGGCUGCUGAUUGGAGUAGACCAGGGAAGCUGUGGUCCUCCAGAUGUUAUGGAACUACAACUCCCAUCAGCCCUGCUCAUUGGCCAUGCUGGCUGAGGGUUGGUGGGAGCUGGAGUCCAGCAGCUUCCAGGAGACUCUCAGUCAGUCAGUCAGUCAGUUUUAUUGCACAUAGCCAAAGGCUGCCGCAAUGUACGCAGAAUCAUUCAGCAAUUAAAAGAAAAUAUACUUGAUUGAUACAAAAAACUUAAAACAUUUAUAUUAUCAAGACAUUACCUACUCUAAACAGAGCUAUAAAAGUACCUCAAUAUACAAGUUAAGACAUUAAACAGUAAAAUGUAUAAGCUAAAAUUAUCACAUGGCCACUAAAAUAUUAAAAAAUAAUGUUAAUUAAUACAAUGUGCAAUUAUAUCCGGAGUUUGGUGAUAAAGAUAGAAUAUACAGGUGAAACUCGGAAAAUUAGAAUAUCGUGGAAAAGUUCAUUUAUUUCAGUAAUUCAACUUAAAAGGUGAAACUAAUAUAUGAGAUAUACUCAUGACAUGCAAAGCGAGAUAUGUCAAGCCUUUAUUUGUUAUAAUUGUGAUGAUCAUGGCGUACAGCUGAUGAAAACCCCAAAUUAACAAUCUCAGAAAAUUAGAAUAUUAAACGAAAUCAGCAAAACAAGGAUUGCAAAUAGACCAAUAUUGGACCUCGCUUUGCAUGUCACGAGUCUAUCUCAUAUAUUAGUUUCACCUUUUAAGUUGAAUUACUGAAAUAAAGCUCACUGGAAGGACAGAUCCUGAAGCUGAGGCUCCAAUACUUUGGCCACCUCAUGAGAAGAGAAGACUCCCUGGGAAAGACCCUGAUGUUGGGAAAGAUGGAGGGCACAAGGAGAAGCGGACGACAGAGGACGAGAUGGUUUGAUAGUGUUCUCGAAGCUACCAGCAUGAGUUUGACCAAACUGCGGGAGGCAGUGGAAGACAGAAGUGCCUGGCGUGCUCUGGUCCAUGGAGUCACGAAGAGUCGGACACGACUAAACAACAACAAUAACUGAAAUAAAUGAACUUUUCCACGAUAUUCUAAUUUUCCGAGUUUUACCUGUAGCUUGAUGCAACACUUAGCUCGAUGGAUCGGUGCUCUGACUUGGUAUAAGGUGGUCUUCUCUCCCUCCACACCUGCAGGAAUCGAGUACAACCUGUUGCGCAUGCCCAUGGCAAGCUGCGACUUCUCCUUGCGCCCUUACUCUUAUGCCGACUCGCCGUACGACUUUGAGCUGAAGAACUUCAGCUUGGUUCACGAGGACAUCAAACUGAAAGUGAGUGGGGCGGCCGCGGAGGUGGCGGGGGGUUGGCAGGCAGGGGGUGGCGGCUGCAGCCUUCCUCCCUUGUGGGCAGAGGCCUGUGUCGUUUAUCUUGCUUAAUUUAUAUUCUUCUUUGGCGAUCCCUCGUAGCCGAGUAAGAUUGUCUUCCAUAAACACGGUUUUAACAGUGAGUCCGCAAGUGACUGUGGAGGCCAGUUCUGGAUCCACACGUCCUUCCACAGUGGGGACAUAGGUUUCUGGGCGGGAGUUGAUCACGGUGAGGGUUUGCCAAGCGUGCCUUCCUCUUAGCACGUUUCUCCUUUUCGUCCUGAGUUUGAGCGGCUUUAAAGCCCAUGACACCUUUGGUAAAGGCUGUUCUCCAAUUGGAGCACUCGCAGGCCAGUAUUUCCCGGUUGUCGGUGUUUAUUUAAUUUAUAUCAGGUGCGGGGAACAUCUUUGGCCUUCCAGAUGUUGCUGAAAUUCAACUCUUAUUGUCUCUGGGCCACCCUCUCCCUGGAUGACCUGCAGUGGGACUUUAUUUUUCAGAUACGGCGGCCAAUGUCGAUAAAAUCAAUUCCCUGCUGCCUUCAGUUCGAACAAACCGGUUAUGUUUAACACAGCAAAGUUUGCAAUAAAAGCUUCUCAACUCAGGAAAGCCCAAGAGUCCUGUCUGGUGCCCUAAGUUUUCUGCCAUUUGUUUUCAUCAUAUGAGCUAUAUUAUGUUUGUGAGACCCGUCAUUUCUUUCUUUCUUUGUUUUUCGCUAUAACCGGUAUUUGGUUUGACCAGUAGAACCUGAUGAUGAUGAUGAUGAUAUGGCAACAACCCCCAAAAAUGGUUUUAAAAGGAUUUGCUCUAGAAUAUGCAGAGACGUCCUUCCGGCCUGGAGCUGUAAUCAAACGAGUUGCACCUUUUGAAGGAAUAACCGGAGCUUCAGCUCCUGUUGUCUGAAAUCUUCCUCACCGGCUCCUUGCUCUCUUUCUACCCACAGAUCCCCCUCGUUCACCGUGCCAAGGCUAUGUCUAAGAAACCCUUAUCCCUUAUGGCCAGCCCAUGGUCCUCUCCGCUUUGGAUGAAAACCAGCAAUGCGUGGAAAGGGAAGGGGUCCCUCAAAGGGCAGGCGGGAGACCGGUACCACAAGACGUGGGCCAACUAUUUUGUCAGGUAAAAUCGGUAUUAGCGGAGGGAAGGGACCGAAGAUGAGAGAGAGAGCGUGGACAGCGGCGUAGCUAGCCGCUCGGGUGCCUGGUGCGGGGAUGUGUCCUGCCACCGGUGGAAGGGCGAUCCAUGACCAUGCAGACAGGGCAAGCCUCUCCGCCGCCUCCACCUCAGCUAUAGGGUGGCUGAGGGAGAGGCGGUAGGCAGACGCAAGUCCCACGCUGCCUUUUCAGGCAGCGCAGAUCCUGCAGGCGUCUAAGCCACCACAUCACUCCUAAAAAGUUUCAUGAGCCCAAUUUUUUAAAAACUCAUUUUGUUGCCCCCCCCUCCAGUGAUGACACCUGGGGCAGACCGCACCCCCCCUUCCUCCACCACUGAGCGUGGAUUCAUGGUGCUGGACUCUGGGAGACCAGGAUUCACAUCCCCACUGGGAAGGCUUGGCCCAUUCGCUGAGUCUCUCAGUCUGACCGACCUUGUUGUGAGGAUGGACGUACGAAGCUGCCUCGUGCUAAGCCAAAGCCCUUGGCUAUCUAGUCCAGAGGCUGCCAGCCAUGGCAUGUGUGCGAGGGCCUUCAUUGGCCAGGGGCUGUGAGCUUUCAUUUAAACACACACACACACAGAGAGUAGUCUCUAGGCCUGGCAGAAAGAAAGAAAGAAAGAAAGAAAGAAAGAAAGAAAGAAAGAACAGCCACGUGCUACCCAUCUACGUGGACACGGGUGGCACUGUGGGUUAAACCACAGAGCCUAGGACUUGCUGAUCAGAAAGUUGGUGGUUCGAAUCCCCGCGACGGGGUGAGCUCCCGUUGCUCAGUCCCUGCUCCUGCCAACCUAGCAGUUCGAAAGCACGUCAAAGUGCAAGUAGAUAAAUAGGUACCACUCUGGCGGGAAGGUAAACGGCGUUUCGUGUGCUGCUCUGGUUUUGCCAGAAGUGGCUUAGUCAUGCUGGCCACAUGACCUGGAAAAACUGUCUGCGGACAAACGCCGGCUCCCUUGGCCAGUUAAGCAAGAUGAGCGCCGCAACCCCAGAGUCAGCCACGACUGGACCUAAUGGUCAGGGAUCCCUUUACCUUUACCUUACCCAUCUACGUAGUUUUUUGAGUUGGGCCAGCCUGGCUGUUGCCUCCUGUCAGCAAUCUUAGCCAUUGUGGCUGCUAGCCAUUUGCAGCCUUCUCCGUGAAUUGGCCUAAUCCUCUUUUAAAGCCAUCUAGGUUGGUGGCCGGUCACUGCCUGGUGUAGGAGCAAGCUCCAUCAUUAGCCCCGCAUGAAUAAGUCCUUUUUUUUAUCUGUCCUCACCUCAAACUUCCAGCUUUUAACCUUCAUUGAACGUUCACAAGUUCUUCUGAUAGGAAGGAGGGAGAAAAGCUUUGCUCUGCCCACUUACCCCAUGCCAGGUGUAAAUUUCAUAAACUUCUGUCUUUUCUCCAAACUAAAAGGUCCCAAACAAUUGCUUCUUCCUCAUUUCCGUUACCCUUUUCCCCUGAACCUUUUCCAACCCUACAGUAUUGUUUCUGAAGCAACCAGAACCGAACACGGCAUUCCAAAGGCAGUCGCACCACAGAUUUAUACCUUAGUGUCGCUGCUCAGAAUCGAAGGUUUCAAGGCAGUCUCACUUAAAGCAACAGGUAUAUUCCCCCCGUCCCUCUGCCAGGUUCCUGGAUGAAUACGCCAAGCGGAAUGUGACCUUCUGGGCGGUGACGGCGGAAAAUGAACCUACUGCGGGGCUUCUGGAAAACUACCCCUUCCAGUGUCUGGGCUUCACAGCUGAGCAGCAGCGGGACUUUAUUGCUCUGGAUCUGGGUCCUGCCCUGGCAAACAGCUCCUACAAGGAUAUCCGGCUCAUAAUCCUGGAUGACAACCGCAUACAUUUGCCUAGCUGGGCCAAAGUGGUGAGUACCGCACGGUGUUUUAUUUGAAAAAAGGAGGUGCCAGUAAGCUCCCUCCCCCAUAGCUGUCAACUUACGGAUUUGAAAAUAAGGGACCAGCAGCCUCAAAAAUAAGGGAUCAGCAGGCAAAAUAAGGGAUUUCACCAGCACAGGUAUGUUCAACUUCUGAGCCCCUCCGAGCCAAAGGCAGAAAGCCCAGCCAGCAGCCAAACGAAGCCUUAAGCAGUGGUUCCCACAGCGCAGCAACCCGGCAAAGGGGAUGCAGCAAGGAAAACCACUGUCACCUCUCCGCUGGGAAGCGCUGAGCAAAGGCGAGUCCCCAGGCAAUGCGGCCGAUUUGAUCAGCACAAGGCAUGCAAGCUCCACCCCCCAGUCGUUCUUAGACUCCUUAUUGCGUGAGCAACGCAGCCAAGCAACACAGUUGGAGCCUCCCUCCUCCCUGGCCAGCAGGGAGGGAGGGAGAGGAGCUGCUUCCUUUGAAACCCGGGAAAUUUAAGGGACAUCAUCAAUAAGGGACAGCAGCAGGACAUGGCGCUGGGAUAAGGGACUGUCCCGCUAUAUAAGGGACGCUUGACAGCUAUGCCCUCCCCUGCCUGUCCUCCCCCCCCCCCCCGCCACUGCUGCUUUCGGCCCACUGGAGGCGUUUUGGUGUGAAAGUAGCACUGCUAGAGCUGAAGGACUUGAUCUCCUUCCUCAGGGCCUGUAAGACAGAGCUAUUCCACCUGGCCUUCAAUUUGAAUUAGCCUGAUUCUCCGUUACGUUUCCCCUUUCCUUUUUUUAUGAAGAUACCGUUCUGGGACCCCACAUUUAUACUCUUCCCUGGUCUCCUUGCUGGCCCUAGUAGGACAAACUUGGCCAGUUAGCCCUGGUGAUCAUUUGAUGUUUUCUGACUGGGUCGCCCCCCCCCCCCCCGCAAAAAAAUGACCCUGAAUUUUUGAAUUUUAUUGACAUUGAUACUGCAUUAUGUGUUUUUAUGUUGUUUUUAAGUCGCAUUUUAAUCAUUGUUUUAUAUUUGCUGUUAGCCGCCCUGAGCCCGGUUUUUAAACCGGGAAGGGCGGGGUAUAAAUAUAAUAAUAAUAAUAAUAAUAAUAAUAAUAAUAAUAAUAGUUCUUUUCCCUUAUUGCCUUGCCGUGUGAGCCGCUCUAGCCGGGCCACUUUGUUGUAGACCUGCAUUGGUGGAUCACACCAAAGCACCACCUUGUGGUAGAGGAGAACAGCUUUGCUCGACCACAAAGCAGCACGGUUAGAGCGGCCGGCACGUCAAGCAAAGGAAGAAAAAGAAGAGCCAGCUGCUCUAGCCGUGCCACUUUGUGGUAGAGCAAAGCAGUCCUCCUCUACCACAAUGUGGCGGGGCUAGAGCGGCCCACACGUUAAGGAAAGGGGGAAAAAAGAUAUGUACCGUAUUGGCCUGAAUAUAAGCCACGUUUUCCCCACCCUUCCUCCCAAAUUCUGACUGUGAAAAGUUAAAGUGUGGCUUAUAUUCGCAACCUUAUGUUGCCAGCAAAGCUCCCCCAGGAAGCAGCCUGGGUAUUAUUUUCUUUUUCUUUUCUCCCCUUCAAUUUUGAAGGUGCGGCUUAUUUGUGGGUGCGGCUUAUAUUUGGGCCAAUACGGUACUUGAACAUGUUUUUGAAUGUGAUUCCCCCCUGCAUAAUAAUAAUAAUAAUAAUAAUAAUAAUAAUGUGUAUGUUUUUACAGUGGUGCCUCGCAAGACGAAAUUAAUUCGUUCCGCGAGUUUUUUCGUCUUGCGGUUUUUUUCGUCUUGCGAAGCACGGUGUCGGGAAAGUUUUGGAAAAGCUUCAAAAAUCACCAAAGUCUUCAAAAACCUCAAAAAAGGCUACCACACCGCGUGCUAUGAGUUGCUCCUCGCAACUGUAUUAACGGUUUUAAGAAAAAGGAAACAAACUUGCAAGACGUUUCCGUCUUGCGAAGCAAGCCCAUAGGGAAAAUCGUCUUGCGAAGCAACUCAAAAAACCAAAAACCCUUUCGUUUUGCGAGUUUUCCAUCUUGCGAGGUACCACUGUAAAUGAUUCUUCCACCUGCAGGUUUUUUGUUUUUUUGAAUUAAUAUGCACCCCUUCUUCCCCUACAGAGGUUGGCAGUAAUCAGAGGUGCCAAGGAAAAUUGCGGGUUGCCGGACGUGACGUCCUGACGUUGCUGUUCCCUUUCUUUCUCUGUCCGUGUGAAUUUCUUCCCCCAGGCUCGAUGAUCAACUGACGCUUCCUUCUCUUCUUCUGCUAGGUGCUGAGCGGAGACAGCCCGGCUCACCGUUACAUCCAUGGCAUUGGCGUCCACUGGUACCUGGACUUCAUUGCCCCCAUCGCCAGCACAGUAGGAAUCACCCAACAGCUCUUCCCGGAUUACUUCAUUAUCUCCACCGAAGCCUGCGCCGGGUCACACUUUUGGGAGAGGGACGUGGUCCUCGGCUCCUGGGAUCGGGGGAACCAGUACAGCCGCAACAUCUUGGCGGUAGGACCUGUGGUGGCCGGGGUGGGGGGGUGGUUUGGGCUGCCCUGGCUCCUUCUCUCCUCUCCCCUCCAGUUGGCAGCGCGCAAGACUCUUGAUCUCAGGGUUGUGAGUUCGAGCCUCACGUGGGGCAAAAGAUUCCUGCAUUGCAGGGGUUUGGAUUAGAUAAUAAUAAUAAUAGUAAUAAUAAUAAUAAUAAAUUUUAUUUAUAUCCCGCCCUCCCCAGCUGAAGCCGGGCUCAGGGCGGCUAACAACAAUAGAAAAACCAACAUUCUAAAAUCAUUUCAUUAUAAAACCAUUGGGCUAGAGUUCUGUGAAGAUUACCAAAGGAGGGGGCCAGACUGUGCCUUGGCCAAAGGCCUGGUGGAACGGCUCUGUCUUGCAGGCCCUGCGGAAAGAUGUCAAGUCCUGCAGGGCCCUAGUCUCUUGUGACAGAGCGUUCCACCAGAUCGGAGCCACAGAUGACCCUUCUGACUCUUUGCAGUUAAAACCUAGCAGCUUCUCCUUACAGAACCUUAACCAACACGUCACGGGCUGGAUCGACUGGAACCUGGCCUUGGAUCUGGAAGGUGGACCCAACUGGGUCAAGAACUUUGUGGACAGCCCCAUCAUCGUGGAUGCGGGCAACGAUAUUUUCUAUAAGCAGCCGAUGUUCUACCACAUGGGUCACUUCAGGUGAGAUGAUGAUGCCUGGAGCUGGCGUGUUUGCUGCCCCUGUGGUGUACUGGUUAGAGGCCUGGCCUGGGUCCUGGGUUCAAAUCACCCAACCAGCGCUUACUGGAUUACCUAUCAGACUAUCAUUCUUAUACGAAAUCACGUUCAGGCUUUGAGAUAGGAGCAACGGAAGAACGUAGAGAAUGGACUUUGGGAGCUUAGAAAAUAAAUAUAGAUGUGUUUGAAUGCAGCUACUAAGGGGGUAUAAUAAAAAAUUACCAGGGAAGGGGCGACAGGAAGUCAAGAAGAAAAUGUGUAACAACAACAAAAUGAUACCGUAUUGGCUCGAUUACAAGCCGCACCUGCAAAUAAGCCGCGUCUUUAAAAUUCAAGGGCGGGGGGAGAGAAAAAGACAGUACCUGAAUUUAAGCUGCUCCCUUAAAAUUGGAGAGGAAAAUAAAAUAAAAUUAAAUUCAGGGAAUAAAAUAGUGGUUUUAUUUUACCAUAUGCCAUAUAUCUAGUACAGUGGUACCUCGGGUUACAUAUGCUUCAGGUUACAUAUGCUUCAGGUUACAGACUCCGCUAACCCAGAAAUAGUGCUUCAGAUUAAGAACUUUGCUUCAGGAUGAGAACAGAAAUCGUGCUCCGGUGGCGUGGCAGCGGGAGGCCCCAUUAGCUAAAGUGGUGCUUCAGGUUAAGAACAGUUUCGGGUUACGUACGGACCUCCGGAACGAAUUAAGUACUUAACCCGAGGUACCACUGUAUUUGGAAAACAGUAGCUAAAAUCACAAAUUGCUAUUCCGCAGGCACUCACACCUGCAAACGGCAAAUGUAGAAGAGAAUCCUACGGGUUCUAGAGAGGACCCACCAGCGGGUUAAACACCUGUUCGUAGCACCGUAAAUGCAAAUAAAAAAUCAAUACUGCACUGUAAAAUACGGGGAAAGCGAUGGAUGACAUUAGAAUUAAUUGCACAACAGUCUCAAGCCCACAAAUUGGCAAUAAAACAUUUCUUUGUUCCGUAUUACUUAAUGUCUGUUUUAGCAGCCAUAUCGUAAAAGCCAAUUUUGGUAAGGUUGCGAAUUUAAGCAACACUUUAAAUUUUCACGGUCGGAAUUUUUUUGGGGGGAAAGUGCAGCUUAUAUUCGGGCCAAGACGGUAUGUAUGAUUGGAAUUAUGAAUUAUUACAUAAUCUGGAAGGUUUAAUAAAAGAUUUAAUAAAAAAAUCAUUACCAUAAUAAUAAUAAUAAUAAUAAAAAAACCCCAACAAGGCCAGGUUUUCCUGGUCUUCCUCUGAUGAGGAACUCCCUGGCUGAGACCUGGCACUUAUCAGACUCUCUGUCUCCUCUCUCUUUUUCUCUGCGCAGCAAAUUUAUUCCGGAAGGCUCCCAGCGCAUUGGGCUGAGCGUGGUGCAAAAAGGCUUCGGGUGUAGCCUGGAGCACGUGGCUGUACUUCGCCCCGACGGAGCUGCCGUGGUCGUUGUUCUUAACCGGUGAGUGUUGGGCACUUGGGUCAAAGGCACAGGGCAGAUCUUGCAAGCAGGGAACUGAGAGAGGGAGAGAAGCCAGUGGCAAGCAGAGUACAGUCAUACCUCGGGUUACAGCCGCUUCAGGUUGCGUUUUUUCAGGUUGCGGACCAUCGAAACCUGGAAAUACCGGAAUGGGUUACUUCCUGGUUUCGGCAGUCGUGCAUGCGCAGAAGCGAUAAAUCACACUUUGCGCAUGUGCAGAAGUGCCGAAUCACAACCCAGUCGUGCACAGAUGCAGGUUGCGAACGCUGCGGGUUGCGAAAAUGCAACCCACAUGGAUCACUUUUGCAACCCGAGCGUCGACUAUAAAAGCGAAGAGAGAAACGGCACAGUGGUGUAGCAGUCUGGCACCGCAGGGGAGUCUAGCCUGAUAGGUGCGCUGUUCAGAAAGCACAGUUGACCAUAUCAUGUCAAUCCAACCUUUUUUAAAAAGAUAGGUCAGCCUUAUUCUUCCAGAGCAGUCUUGUUUUUCAGCACGUGCUACUAAUGAGCACUCAUUCUGAUCUGUAUGCAGGGAGAAGAAACGUAAUCAAAGUUACAAAACAUAGGAGCAGUACAGAGACUGUUUCCCCCCUGCCCCCCCCCCCCAAAAUAGAGAUUAGAUAAUUUAGAAAACUAAAAACAUUUUUUAAAAAACCAGUCAAAUCCUCUUAAGCUAAUUUCAAGGCUUCUGAGAGCAGUCUAUUUCAGCCAUGAAAUGUUCGGGGGAAUGUGUUGUUGUUGUUGUUUUUUAAAAAAAUCCUCCUCAAUGUUAAUAAUGAGAGGGAGGGAGACCCAUCUCACCAGGGAGAUCCCACAUAGAGGGAGCCACCACCUAGAAAGCCCUGUCAUUGUUCAACACCAACCCAUGCAGUCCUGCUACGAAGUAUUGUUUAUUCCUCCUCUCACGUUCUUAAUUUGCUUCCUUCCCCCUACUCAGCUCCGGGUUCAAUGUCCCCUUUGCCAUUUCCGACCUGAAUGGCCUUAUUCUGACUGAGAUCCCCGCCAACUCCAUCCAGACUUAUCUGUGGAAGCGCCAGUGA